AUGUUUAAAAUUUUUAUUAAAUUAAUUUUAUUAUUUAAACUGUUUGAAUGGACAUUGGGUUAUCAACAAAAUAUUGCUUUGUAUUAUAAAUUAUUAAAUGUACAUUAUGAUACGUUCAAAACUAUGCAAGAUGUUGAUAAUUAUGUUCAAGGAAUGAAUGAAUUGUGUUCUAUUCACAGAAAAAUUAUGGCUUAUAAACGUGAUGAUUUGCCCAGUGAGGAUAGUUUAAAUGAUUGGCAAUUUUCUACAUCCAUUGGAAACCCAGAACAUUUGCCCUACCUUCUUGAAGGAGACAUGGUAGUGAGUGCCGAACAAAUUCAAUUACUUGUCGCUGACUUUCGUUCACAAUUAUCCAAAAUAGAGUAUUGUCAAGCCAAUAAUUGUAAUCAAAGAAAGAAGCGAAUUUUAACGUCAGAUUUAAGCCGUCGCUGGAAGGAGUUCCCAAUUCCUUUUAUUAUCCAAUCAGACGUUAAUCGCCAAGCUAUACUCGAAGGAAUUGCAAAUUGGGAAAGAACUACUUGCAUUACUUUUGAAGAAAAAGAAGAAUUGCCUUCUGAUUCGUCUGGUUUAAAUUUUGUUUUUGGAGAGGGUUGUUUUUCAAAUGUUGGAAUGGUUAAAGGACGUAAUCAAAGAAUUGGGAUUGGAAAGAAUUGUGAUAAUCCGUUUGUGGUUAGCCAUGAAAUAGCACACGCUCUCGGCUUCUUCCACGAACAAUCUAGGUGGGAUCGAGAUGAUUUUGUUGAAAUUCAAUUUGCCAACAUACUCCCCGGCUUUUUAAACCAAUUCCUCAAAUUUUCUUCUUCCUUAACCACAACAUUUGGAAUUAAAUAUGAUUUGGGUUCUGUGAUGCAUUACGAUGCUUUUGGAUAUGCUAAACAAGGAAUGGCUACUAUACUUACUAAGGAUGUAAAUUAUCAGGAGACUAUAGGCCAACGUUUUCGUUUGUCAUUUGAUGAUGUUAAGAAGAUGAAUUUUGCUUAUUGCAAUGACCCCAAAAAUUGCUCAAAAUGUCGAUGCCCUGACGGCCUAACUGGUCUUUUAUGCAGCAAAGUUGCACGGACAAAAACUUUAUGUGGAGAUCAACUAAUUUUUAAAAGCGGAGAAGAAUAUAGAAAAUUACAGUUUAAAGGUGUUGGGGAAUGCAAUUAUUUAAUUAAGGUAAAGAUACAAUAUUCACUGUAA